CAUUAUAAUACAAGAAAAGAAAACAUAAUAUGGAUGAUUCUUACAAGAAUGUAAUCGAUACAGAUAGCUGAGAUACAGAAUUUAGAGAUUCAAGAUCAGAAUUUUAUGAGAGUAGAUGAGAAAUUAUUCCGAAUAACUUUGAUACUCAGAAAUACCCUAAAACGCCUCAAAAACCUUCUAGCACACUCGCUACACCUCCUCUGGCCCAAUCGAUCACCCAGACACCUCUCAAUCCUCAAUUCAAAUCCCCUCAGUCCUUCUCUAAACCCUCACAAAAGCCUAAACUGUCACGUAUCCCUAAGAAGGCCCUAUUAAAGCCUCGAAACGGCUAUUUGGGCCUUCUAGGCCCAAAUAGCUCCUUUAAUUUUCCUUCAAUAGCUGCUGAAAAGCCGCUUUCUCACAAAUUUUUGUCUCAAGACCAAAUUUCUCAAAAUUUAGCUCUGAGCAAAAUUGAUCAUGAUAUUUGUUCAUAUGUAAAUAAAAUAGAGAAAUUAGCCCAGAAGGGGGCAAACGGGUUCGGACCUCAAGGCCGCAGCACUGGCGAAGCAAGCUUCGCCAGUGGCAGCGAGGAGGAAAGUAUUCAUGGAUCUGUUCAUAAAAGCCAAGAUGGGCUAAUACGGGUCCAUAAGAUUGAUUUAAAUCAUAGAGAAAAUGAAGAAGAGAAAAAUGAGUAUAAGGUUAAAUUACAGCACAAAAGGUACCUAAAACAAUCUGCAUUUGUGACUGCUCAGAAGAAGAAAUUAAAAGGAAAUAGUCUAUUUAUGAAAACUUAUGAUGAUUCAAAGACUGCUUUUGAAAAACAUAAGAAAGAGAUGGCAACAAAAGCAAUGGAUCCUAACCUUCAAGUUGUUAAUUAUGCAGCUUUUGGUAGGAAAUUAAACAGAUUUAUACCAGCCAAAAAAUGUCAUUCUAUUUCAACUCCGAAUAUAAAUAAGGAUAAGAUUGAGUCAGGAAGUUUGAGAGGAUCUGAUACUGUAGAAGAGACCAGGAGUCCUCCAUCAGUAGUCUACCAAAAGUUGAGAAUUAAAGUAUCAAAAAAUCAUACAGAAUUGCGAGGAAAUUCUCUAUUCAAAAACACAAAUAAAAUAUUAAAAUCAAAGUAUAAAAAGUCCCUACCAGCACUAGCUGCACCCUCUAAAGCCUUAAACUUUGUCAAAAAUCCUCUAGGAGUCCUCCAAAAUUCAAAUCGCCAUCAUGAGUCUUUAGAGAUACCAUCUCGAGAAAAGAGUAGGGGAUCUUUUAGCAUCUUCCUCCCUUCCCAAGAGAAGUUAGUCAAUCUCCAUCAGAGUAGCUCUGAGGCUGCUUAUGCUUCUAAAUAUCCCAAAGUUAAACGAAGAAUUUGGAGGAGAAACUACUAGAGUAUACUCUACUGAGUCAGAAAAUUUUUCAAAUAUCACCAUAUUCAA